AUGAUGGGGCUUUUCAAUAGGUUUGUAUGGUUUUUGCCAUUGUUAAUAUGUCUUUUGCCACUGAUGAACAACUUCAAUGGAAGAGAAGGAGUCAUGGCCUUUCACAAGGUUCACCUCAAUUAUCAAACCGAUAACACUGUGAAGGUGAACCCGGCUCAUCGAACUGGUUACCAUUUUCAACCAAAGAAAAAUUGGAUCAAUGAUCCAAAUGCACCAAUGUAUUACAAAGGAUUCUACCAUUUAUUCUAUCAAUACAAUCCAAAGGAAGCGGUUUGGGGCAAUAUCGUGUGGGCGCACUCGGUGUCCACAGAUAUGAUCAACUGGAUCCCGUUAGAGCCGGCAAUCGUACCAUCGAAACCAUUCGAUAAAUACGGGUGCUGGUCAGGAUCCGCUACGAUCCUGCCAGGUGAUAAACCUGUGAUUAUAUAUACUGGAAUAAUAAACAAAAAACCCGAACCGGGCCACCAAGUUCAAAACUAUGCCAUUCCUGCUAACUAUUCAGAUCCCUAUUUGAGAAAAUGGAUCAAACCCGACAACAACCCGAUUAUCAAACCAACACACGAGAACGUUUCUUCUUUUCGUGACCCUACAACGGCUUGGUUCAACAAUGGCCAUUGGAAAAUCAUCAUCGGUAGUAAGCACGACCAUCGAGGCAUUGCUUACUUGUACCGAAGCCGAGAUUUUGUAAAGUGGACCAAGGCCAAGCACCCGUUUCAUACGAAACGUGAUACAGGCAUGUGGGAAUGCCCAGAUUUUUAUCCGGUAUCAUCUCGAGGAACGGACGGGUUAGACACGUCAGCAUUAGGCAACGGUGUUAAAUAUGUUUUUAAGGCUAGCCUUGACAUGACUAGGUACGACUAUUACACGAUCGGAAAGUAUGAUCUCAUUAAAGACAAAUAUGUCCCCGAUAACACAUCGGUCGAUGGAUGGGCUGGAUUAAGAUACGAUUACGGGAACUUUUACGCAUCAAAGACGUUCUUCGACCCGGUCAAGAAACGGAGGAUUUUGUUGGGUUGGGCUAACGAGUCAAGCACUAGGAACGAAGAUAUGGCCAAGGGAUGGGCCGGAAUUCAUUUGAUUCCACGUAAGGUUUGGUUGGAUCCACGUGAGCAUAAACUGCUACAAUGGCCAAUUCGUGAACUGGAAAACCUAAGGGCUCAGAAGGUGCAGCUUAGCAAUGUAAAAGUCAACAAAGGUGAUGCCAUUGAAGUCAAAGGAAUUACUGCAGCUCAGGCUGACGUGGAUGUCAUUUUUACGAUUCAAAGUCUGGAUAAAGCUGAAUCGUAUGAUGAGAAAUGGGCAAAAUUUCCACCAGAAGAUAUUGCUAAGACCAUCUGUGGGAUCAGGGGUGCAACCAUUCAGGGUGGGGUUGGACCAUUUGGGUUCCUAACCUUGGCUUCAACCAUGCUUCGAGAGUACACUCCGGUUUUCUUUAGGGUUUUCAAGACCGCCGACAAGAAACAUAAAGUUCUCUUGUGUUCUGAUGCUACACCAUCUUCGUUGAAUGAAAACGAGUACAAACCAUCGUUUGGAGGGUUCGUAGAUGUUGAUUUAGCCAAAAAGAAGCUUUCACUUAGGAGCCUGAUUGAUCAUUCAAUCGUAGAAAGCUUUGCGGAAGGAGGAAAGACGGUUAUCUCAUCUAGAGUUUAUCCGACAUUAGCAAUUGCAGGAAAUGCGCAUUUGUAUGUAUUUAACAACGGCUCGGAGACCAUCACAAUCGAGAGUCUGGAUGCCUGGUCUAUGAAGACGGCUCACAUCAGCUAGACCGGGCUAUAUAUUUAAUUCGUGUCAUUUUUCUAUAACAGGUAGGAAAUAGUUCGUGGAUCGAUGACGUUUCAUCGUUGUAUUAAUUAAAAUGAGGAUAUGUUUAUCAAUUAAACCGAUAAAUAUAAAUAAA